GCGCCUCCUCGUGGGCGCGCCCGGCCUAGGAAGUUGUUCGGCGGCGGCGGCGGCAUCGGCGGCAUCUCCCCCUGAGGCUCAUCGAACCGCGAGCGCCUUGAAGCCGCCAAACCCGAGGAGCGGAUGGCCGACACCGAUUCUAAGUCGGUGCAAGAAGUCGCCACUGUCGUGGAGAACCUCUUGCAGCAAAUGCAGGAGAAGUUUCAGGCCAUGUCGGAUCAAAUCCUCGGCAGGAUCGACGAAAUGAACUCGCGGAUCGACGACCUGGAGAAGAACGUGGCGGAGCUGAUGACCCACGUGGAUGGGGAGGAGGAAGGGGGCGUGGAAAACAAGGUGUGA